UAAAAAUAGACUUGGCUGUGUUUCUAAGUUUGAUCCAAAUAGCCGAUCCCAUUAUAGGGGCAGAAAUCAUUGCCGCGAAUUGAAUCGGAAUCGUAGAAGAGCACAGUCACAGCGACAUGGGAGCGUCGAAACCUAGUAACAGCCAGAGUAGCCCUUAUCAAAACAUUCGAUGCCAUCACUGUGCAGGACCUCUUUCCAAGGACAUGGAAACCACUCAGUGGACAGUUCCCCCUUUUAUCAGGGAUAGCUUUUCUAUGAUUGGUUCUGCCGUUGGUGGCACCGCAAGUGCAUUUUAUGGAUUCAACCAUGUUAUGCCUGUUGUCCGGAGAUCAGUCAAAGGACCCAUGUGGUUGCAUUUUCUCAUUGGUGCACCUCCUGUGAUAGUAUUCUCUUCAGCCUGUGCAGGACUGGCAGGUGGGGCUGUUCCCGCAGUAGCACAACUUGUUUCCUCGUCUUAUCAUGCUGCAUUUUCAUCUCCUACCUUAGCCCCGCCAUCAGAGGAUGAAAACAUUCAAAAGUCAAGAAAGUCCUCCACUCUAUGAUAGUAUGAUAAAUUAUUAUAUAUACACACAUACAUGUAGGAUGCUGAAAGUUUUGUUUUGUUUUGUUUUUCUUGUGUAAAUACUGCUCUUCAGCUUUAACGUUUCGAUAUGUAAUUUCAGCUCUGUGAACCGGUUCAUCAGAUUCGAGAGAAACAUAGGAAAUUCGUUUUGCUAGUUACAACUAGUUAGGCUCCAAGCGCAUUUGGCCAGGAAUUUUUUUCGCUAUUUUUGUUUUGCAUGCACUCCAUAUUUGUUUAUUGGACGCAGAAGAAUAG